AGUUUAUAUUGGUCUUAGUUAAAAGAAACCGGUAUAGCUAGAAUGGCAGACGAGAGAACAAAAAAAACUUUAGCUCAAAUUCCCCUUUUGAAAACGAAAGCCAGUCCUAGAGAUGGAGACUUGUGGAGGCAACGAUUGAAAGAAGAAUAUCAAGCGUUGAUUGAAUAUGUAAACAAAAACAAGCAAGAGGACAAUCACUGGUUCAUGCUAGAAUCUAAUGAAAUUGGUACUAGGUGGUUUGGAAAGUGCUGGUAUAUUCACGAAAUGUUGCGUUAUGAAUUUGAUGUGGAGUUUGACAUUCCUGUAACUUAUCCAAGUACUGCUCCAGAAAUAGCUAUACCUGAAUUAGAUGGUAAAACAGCUAAGAUGUACAGAGGAGGAAAAAUCUGUUUAACAGAUCACUUCAAGCCUUUAUGGGCAAGAAAUGUUCCUAAAUUUGGAAUAGCUCAUGCUAUGGCUUUAGGAUUGGGACCUUGGCUGGCUGUAGAAAUACCAGAUUUAAUUGAGAAGAAAAUUAUAGAACAUAAAGAAAAAAACUAG